GACAGCGGGGUAAACUCAAGCCUCGGCAGCAGUGAAAAAGUUCUUAUGGUUUUGGAUAGAUAACAGGAGAAGAUGCACCGCGAACCACAUGUGAUGAGGGGCUAUUUCUGUUCCAGAUGUCCCAGAAACUAUGUAGCGUGUCGCCUCAUCUCUUUUCCGAGGAAAGCCGGUCUUAGAUCCUAGAGUGGGAUCGUUGGACUCGGUACAUGUACAGCAACGACAUUUCCGCUGAUCAGAGGGGUGCAGACUGGGCUGAUCAUUGAGAUCGGCUCUUGUCAAUUCUCGUGGAGCUCCCUGGAGCUGCUUGCGUCGAGACCCAUCGGCCUAUUCUCACUUCGAUUUCUGUCUUAAAUGUGAUCGUUUCUAUAGCAGCGGGACAACUCUGAGAAGGGAUAGCCUUAACCGAAGGUAUCUUGGAAAAGCCUUAUCGGAUCGCAGAAUAAAGCCAUCCGUCAAUGACUACUAACGGCUUGUUGGAGAAGGGGAACUGGGAGGAGGCGAAGGCGGAUUGGAAGCCCCGUGUUUACGUGCGCGCAACUUCAUGGGGUCUUGAUCUGAUCCGACCAGCCUUCUGGACAAAAUCUGCGGGUCGCAGCAGACAGCUGGGACGAACAGGAUAUCUUGAUGGUCUGCGAGGAUUUGCAGCCUUCCUGGUCUAUUGGCAACAUCAUGAGCUAUGGGCGCAUGAUGCUGGAGAGAAGAUCUUCGAGAACGCGUUCGGCUACGAAAAGCAAUAUUAUUUCGCGACUCUCCCAGGAGUGCGAACUUUCUUCAAUGGCGGACACCUUGCUGUCAGCGUCUUUUUCGUACUGUCUGGAUACGUGCUCUCGGCGAAGCCGUGGAUGCUAAUCAACGCGGGGGACUAUCGCAAGUUGAGCGAUAAUCUGGCAUCUGCGUUAUUUCGUCGUUGGCUUCGCCUUCAUAUCCCGGUGAUCUGUACGACCUUUGUCUACAUCAGCAUAUGGCACGCAUUUGGGAUCUGGGCGGUGCCAGAGCCUCGAGCAACCUAUGGCGAAGAGGUAUGGAAUUGGUACGUGGAGUUCAAGAACUUCACCUUCGUCUUCCGCACAGGUGGUGAGCCCUGGUUCUCAUACAACUUCCAUUCAUGGUCAAUUCCGGUCGAGUUCAGAGGCUCUAUCGUUAUCUAUACCUCACUCCUGGCGUUUUCGAGGUUAAGGAGGAACGCGCGAUUGCUAUGCCAGGUCGCACUGAUAGUCUACUUCCUCUACAUUGCCGAUGGCUGGUUCUGUGGCAUGUUUGUUGCGGGUAUGCUUCUCUCUGACCUCGACCUGCUUGCCGCCAAUGAUGACCUGCCUCGUUUCUUCUUGAGACUGGAGUCUUGCAAAGAACAAAUCUUUUACACUCUCUUUGCAAUUAGUGUCUACCUUGGAGGAGUUCCGGCGCACUCGUCCGAUCUGUCUGCUCUGAGAGCUUCUCCGGGUUGGUACUAUCUCUCUUUCCUGAAGCCACAGGCCGUCUUCGACUAUAAAUGGUUCUAUCUGUUCUGGGCGGCUAUCUUCCUCGUGGCCUCGAUCCGCCAUAUUCCGUGGCUGAAGAGCUUCUUCGAGCUGCGAUUCAACCAGUAUCUGGGGCGCAUCUCAUUCUCUCUCUACUUAGUUCAUGGUCCUGUUCUCUGGAUUCUCGGUGACAGACUCUAUGCUGCUACCGGGUGGACCAGGGAGUCUCAUGCGAUCAGCCUUCCAAAGGGAUGGGUGAAUCGGUUCGAGCUCCCAAAGACCGGUCCCCUCGGUCUGGAGUUGAGUUUCCUCUUACCGCAUCUGAUUCUUCUGCCGCUCACUCUAUGGCUUGCGGAGAUAGCGACGAAACUGUUCGAUGAGCCUAGCGUCCGAUUCUCGCAGUGGCUGUAUCGGGCAAUGCUGCCGCAGGAAUCUGCUAAAUCAUAGAGUAGUCUGAGAAUCCAUUAUAGUAUGAUAUACAUGGUCUUCGGUUGCAUUCUGUUGGCCCUUAUGGGCUGGGUGAAUGACACUUUUGGAC